AUGCCAGCGGGCUCGAUGAUGGCCGGCAGAGAUGCACUGUUGAGCGACAUCAGGAAGGGAUCUAGGCUGAAGAAAGCAGUAACCAAUGACCGCAGUGCGCCGUCAAUCGGCGGGGGCGGCCGAGUGGAAAGCAGUGGCUCUGUUGGCGGCAGCGCGCCGUCUCUGCCGUCGGGCGCGGCCAGCGGGCUGCCCAUGGGGCCACAGCUAGGGGAUAUUCUGGCCGGGGGGAUCCCUAAGUUGAAGCCUGUCGGCGAGCCGGUGCGAGCGCUACAGGUGCCACCCAACGCGUCCGCGGGCGCGCCGCCGGUGCCCAGUGUGCGGCCGCCAGUGCGGAAGCACGCUGGCGGAUCUCCAGAGGGCGCGCGAGCGCCUGUCUCACCGGUCGCGCCGAAACUGCCGGAAACCGGCGCGCCGCCGGUCCCCAGCGCGAGGCCGCCGCAGCAUGGAGGGGAUGGCGCUCUCCCUGUAGGGGCGCCGCGGCUGCCAGCCUUCGGCGCUCCACCGGUGCCGGGUGCCGGGCCAGCCCGUCCAGAUGCCGGUAGCACCCCACCAGGAGGUGCUCCGAACUUGCCGAAUAUAAGCCCUCCGCCGGUCCCUGGUGCCCCGCCUCCAGUGGGGGCCCCCAAGCUUCCCGAGGCGGGCCCUCCGCCAGUCCCUGGCGUUGCUCCUCCGGUCCCCUCCAUCGCCCCUCCGCCGCCCUCCGCUGCUGCACCGCCGCCUACAGCGGCGCCUCCGAUCCCAGCAGCUCCUCCUCCGCCAUUGGCGCCCCAGAUGCCCGCGGCAGCGCAGUCUGCACCUCCGCCGGCCCCUCCGCCGCCUCCACCUCCUCCACCUCCGGCUGUCAAGGCACCGGUAGCACCACCAAUCUCGCCGCCGGCGGCGCAGCAACCACCAAGCAUUAUUCCACCUGCAUCGGGGGGGCUGCCAUUCCUUGCAGAGAUUCAGAAAAAGCGUGAUGACCGCUUUGUGGUGGAUGGCGGUUCAAACUACACGACACAAUCUUCUGCACAAAGUCAUGAACCUGUAAAGCCACAGAUAACAUCUCUUCGCGACCACUCACAGCAACCCCCACCGCAUCUACCUACAUCCGCUGCCCCACCAUUGCCACAGAUGGCUGCACCCGCGCCCCCAAUCCCUAGCUUUGCCGCUCCUCAGAUUCCUCAAGUGCAGUUGCCGGCGGCACACCAACCGGCUGACACAGUUGCCGAGGGAACGAGCACGACCCACAGUGAGCAUCCGUUCCUUUCGGAGAUGCAGAGGCGUUUGGACGCUACCUCAUUGGCAGGGAGCAGUCCCUCCCGCUCCACAGCCGAGAGAUAUGAAACCGCUGACACUCCGGCAUCUUCCGCAGGUGAUGCAGCAAUUCCACUGGGGCGCCCUCAUGUGAAGCAACAGCCAGAUCGGACCUUCUCGCCUCCCCAGCAUAUUCCGCCAGCUGCCGUACCGCCGCCACCGCCUUCUAUUCCGCCCCCAGUACUGGACGAACGGCCACCCGAGAUGAUCGCCAAGGCGCCGCCUCCCCCUCCUCCGCCUCAGGCUGAAGGGGCAUUUCCGCCUCCGGCAAGCGUGCCUUCCCAUAGACAGCGCCUCUUCUCGAGCGCGGGCGGCACCUCAGGGUCCUCCAGCCAGGUCCCUGUCCGGGAGUCCAGCAUUGACACCUUCACUAUUAGUAAUAGAGUGUCCACCGGAGAUGCCGUGUCGCGGCAGCCCAUCUGCAUUGAUGACACCAGGUUUAAGUUCAGCAAUGCUGGUGGCAUCCCCAAGCCAAGGGUCUUCCAGAACAAAACAAAACUGUACCCCAGCGGUAGAGGCAGCAGCGUUCCGUUAGAUUUAAGUUUAUAUUCCUAA